AUGUAUAAAGGUGUGGUCAUUGAUGCUUUUGGAGUUUAUUACACAAAGUUGAUAUUAAAAAGACCUCCUCAGGAACGGUAUGGUUAUUUCCAAUACGGUGUCACGAUUACACGCUUGACGUUAGCUGCGGAUUAUAAAGAAAUGGUUCAAGUCUUUAACAGUAAGCGAUCCAAAGCUACUCAAUUACGUAGCUCAGAUAUAGAAUUCAGCAAAAAGGAAAUCAUUACACUACUUGAAGCAUUACCCAACCUGGAGUAUUUAAAUAUGAAUGCUAGUAUGAAUCUUCAAAAAUACCUCAACUGUAUCCUAAAAACAGACUCCAAAAAAUGUUUAACUCGAAUCCAACAUAUACCGCCCUCAAAGAAUACUCAAAUGAAUCGUGACUCAGCCGAUCGGACGCUUUACAAGAUUAACUCGCUUAGUAGUACAUGA